AUGAUGAUAGAUGAUGAUGAUGAUGAUGAUGAUGAUGAUGAUGAUGAUGAUGAUGAUGAUGAUGAUGAUGAUGAUGAUGAUGAUGAUGAUGAUGAUGAUGAUGAUGAUGAUGAUGAUGAUGAUGAUGAUGAUGAUGAUGAUGAUGAUGAUGAUGAUGAUGAUGAUGAUGAUGAUGAUGAUGAUGAUGAUGAUGAUGAUGAUGAUGAUGAUGAUGAUGAUGAUGAUGAUGAUGAUGAUGAUGAUGAUGAUGAUGAUGAUGAUGAUGAUGAUGAUGAUGAUGAUGAUGAUGAUGAUGAUGAUGAUGAUGAUGAUGAUGAUGAUGAUGAUGAUGAUGAUGAUGAUGAUGAUGAUGAUGAUGAUGAUGAUGAUGAUGAUGAUGAUGAUGAUGAUGAUGAUGAUGAUGAUGAUGAUGAUGAUGAUGAUGAUGAUGAUGAUGAUGAUGAUGAUGAUGAUGAUGAUGAUGAUGAUGAUGAUGAUGAUGAUGAUGAUGAUGAUGAUGAUGAUGAUGAUGAUGAUGAUGGAUGA